AUGGGUCUGAAAAAGUGGCUGGGACUCGACGUCUCGGCGUCGCAACCCGCGGGACACAACGCCAAGGGCGACGAGGUGGAGGAGCCGCUCGUCUUCGGCAUCCCACAGCGACAGCAACAACAGCACCCGCAGCAGCAGCGGCGGGAGCAGAUACGCCAACAGCGAGCGGAGAACCACCGCCGCCACACGGCGUGGGAGGCGCAGCAGCGUCAACAAAGCCGCUCCCCCACGUUCGCACCGACGCGCCGCAGUGCGCCGCUGCAGAGCCGGCCUGAUGCCUACGCGCCCACCGUCUACAGCCAACAGGAGCGCCGCUUCUCCACCGCGUCGACUGACCGCUAUGUGGACGCGCGAUACGACAACGACACGAUGUCCACGAUGGUGACGGCCAUGCAGUCUCCGCCGCCGCCUCAGCUGCUUGACUCGGACUCGGAGGACUCGGACGUCUCCAUCGGAGCAGACGACGACGACGAUUUUGCAGCGGAUAUGCCGUCCCCAGCGCUGACGACCAGGUCGGCUCGCUCGAAGACCACGACCGCUGCGUCGCCGAUGGGCUCGCUGGCGUCCACGCCGCAGCGCAACAGUGUCAAGGACAGCUUCCGCUUCUCGUGGAUGAACGUGCUCGGCCAGUCGACGAACUCGGAGAUGGGGCAGAACGCCAUGGCUCAAGUUGCUGAGGAAGAGGAAGCGGCUGAAGCGGCGGGACGCAGCAACAGAGCGGAAGGACAACCGCCUCGCAACACUGCGCACAACCCCGAUGUGGCCUUGCGGCCCCAAGACGACGAGAUGGGCGUGGUGAUGCAAGGCUGGCUGGAGAAGUGUGGCCAGCAGUUCAAGACGUGGAACUGGCGCUUCUUCGUGCUGCGGAACGACGGCGUGUUGUCCUAUUACGCCGAUGAGACUCUCAAGAAGCUGAAGGGUUCGAUGGACAUCGGAUACGGCUCCAAGGCGGACGUGUCAGUGCAAGCCAACGCCAUGGAGAAGAAGUUUGUGUUUAUGAUCUCUACGCCGCAGCGCAACCUCAUGAUCUCGGCGCCGUCGGAGCGCAUGAUGACCAAGUGGAUCGCUCGCCUGCAUGCGGCUGGGGCCGUGCCUACCCAGCCGUGGGACCCAUUGCGCAAGACGGUGAAGUUCUACGUGCGCGACACGGAGUGCAACCACGAGUGGAAGCGCUACGACGACCCAACGUCCUACAUUCACAUGGAGGGCUGUCUGUUGAAACGCGGCCAUGUCAACAAGAACUGGAAGAACCGCUUCUUCCGGAUUGAAAAGGGCGAGCUGAGGUACUACACGGAGAACCAGAGCGAGCUGAAGGGCUCGGUGCCGCUGAAGGACACGAUCGUGAGUCCGGGCAUGGCGCAGUGCCCCGACGGCCGGAAAUACUACUUCGUGCUGACGUCCAAGGACGGCAAGUUCGAGAUGCACUUGAACGCGCUGAACGAGUCAUCCAUGCAUCUCUGGAUCGAGGCUCUGCAAGAAGCGCAGACGGCACUCGGCAGAAUGGCGGGCAAGAAGGGUACGGUGGCGGGCUUGGCACUCGUGGUCAAGCGCGCCGAGGAGAUCCCACUGGGCAAGAUUGGCGUGCUCUUCAGGCGCCCGGAGGACAUUGACAUCGAGAUGCAGAAGCGCACCGAGGCGCUCAUCGUGGCGUCAAGCCCGAGAAACCGCGGCGUUUCCGUAGGUAGCCAGCUUAUCUCCGUCGAAGGCCGCAGUAUUCUUCGCGAGACGUACGCCGAGGCGCGCAAGAUCCUGCGUGCGUCGUCGUUCCCGCUGCGGCUCGAGUUCCUGCUGCCGCCGUACAAGCGCGGCGUCCUGAUCAAGAAGUCCCGCUCGGGCUUCGAAAACUGGAAGAGGCGCGUGGUCAUCGUGACGAACGGUGAGAUCCACUACUACAAGGAGGUAUCGUCGUUCAGCAACGGCAAACGAGCCCCGGCCGAGCUCAAGCACCGCAAGUCCUUCUCGCUUUACGGCUGCUACCUGAACUUGGUGCAUUUCCCCGGGCGCGACCUGUGCAUCGUGGUGGCGCGCUCGCCCUCGGACAAGCUGGUGCUGCAGACGCGCACGGACGAGGAGCGCAUGGAGUGGGCCAGCGUCAUCUACUGCAGCAUCCGCAUGGUGUCGCAGGGCAUCACGUCGGGCCACAUCGAGAACCUGCAGCUGGAGCAAUCGCGGCUGCCGUCCAAGCAGACGUCGUCCGACCUGAAAGGCAGCUUCAAGGACUCCGACCAACUCGAAUUCUAAGUCAACCACGACAACGUGUAGCGGCACUGAUCAUGAAC